AUGGCAGUUCGCAUCGAAUCAGCCCAAUUCCCUGCCGACACCGCUGCAAUCCACUCCUUAUUUUCCGGGUAUGCGGCAUCAUUAUGCAUCGAUCUUACUUUCCAGUCAUUUGAAGAUGAACUCAACUCGCUACCUGGGAAAUAUGGCGCAUCGCAAGGAGGAGCACUAUUAAUAGCGCGAGCACAAAAAUCCGAUACGACUAUCGAAAACGAUGUCAUAAGGCCCGAAUCAGCGUCCCAGACUUCAGAUAGCACGUCGAUAGUUUCACAAAUCGAGUCCGUUGUGGGCUGCGUCGGCUUGCGCUGCAAUGACGAUCACUGGUGUGAAAUGAAGCGUCUUUACGUGAAGCCAGAGACCCGUGGGUUGAGGCUUGGUGAUAAACUCGUGGAGGCUAUCCUCGCCCAGGCAAAAGCCUUGGGAUACCGUGGUAUUCGACUAGAUACUCUACCAGAUAUGGUGGCAGCGCAACGACUCUACAGACGCCAUGGAUUUGUCGAGAUUGAGCCGUAUUACGAUACUCCUCUGGAAGGGACCAUAUUCAUGGGGUGUGAUUUGACGAAAUAA